AUGCGUAGGGAACUCGGGAGUGAAAUACGGGAAGUGUUGAACAAAUAUAGUGUUAGAAAAGACGAGGACCGUACGGGGAAAGUUGACGACAAUCACAAGAAAGUAGAGGAGCAGAAAAAUGACGAAGAAAAAGCGCAAAACGGAGCAUCUGCUCAAGACCAAGCAGAAUCUCAAGGCCAACAGGAAAGACCGACCAGGACAAUUCCCAAGAAUUCGCCGCAGAACCAAAAGGAAGAGACUACGAAUUUUGAACUGCAACUUUUGAGGCAUAGGCUAAAAUUGUUAGAACAACAGCUAGUUGAAGCAAGGUCGUCAGCGCGAGCGACAGAAAAUAACAAUGAUAGACGUCGGGGUCGUCAGCGAAGUUGUAUCUCUACCGAAUCUGAAGAUUCAGACAGUGAUAGUUCCUGGGUCAAAGGGGAAAAUAGAUUGGGGCACCAUUCCAGAAGAACCGGAGAAAGGCAGUCACAUCAGAGAAAAAGUACAGAAAGACAGUUUGAGCGCGAGGAGAACCGACCGUCAAACCGACGCAGCAUGGACCGGCGAAGUGAUAACCAAGAUCGCCAAAAUGGCUAUCAAAGGGACAGACACAGACAGAGAACAACCCUUGGGAACGAUCGGGAAGAUCGGGAUGAGUCAGAUGAUUGCGGAAUACAUAACGAGCGGCGGAGUGGUAACCGAAAUAAUAGGAGGAACGAACAAGACCACAGAGCCAGAAGAACAGAUAACGAUUCCGAUUACAGUAGAACAGGGCAACAUAGACAACGAGAGAUCGAGGAUUGA